UCCAAACUGCCUUUUUCACGCAGCACCUUCUACUGCUUCGUCUGUUAGUCGCUUUAUCAAGUAGCUACUGUUUGUAGAAAACCGGAUAUGACCGAAUGAUUUUCGAUGAUGUCAGCAUUUCUUGAAACAUCUUUGUUUUCUUGGUCUUCUUCUGUCUUCAUAUUUUCGAGAUACGCCGAUAGUCUGGCCUUUUUUCUAUAGCAGUUCUUGAUCUAUGCCUGCUACGUACAUAUUUCGCUCACGAUUGCUUCUGAAAUACUGAAAACGGGCGAUCUACCUCUAUAUGUCGCGACAAGUGAGUAGAAAUUACUACGCAUUCACCCCCGACGACAAUACAGAGAAGGACGUCUACUUGCAAGCUCACGGCCACAAUUUCGACGGCCGAGAGAGGCACGUUGUGAUCCACUGGGUUAACGGAACGCUCGCCGAUAAUCCAGUAACCCAAAUCGUCCAACUCAGCGGCAUUCGAGGAAAAUUCGUCUUUGAUUCGCUCGUCGCCAAGCUUCGUAAUCCCGCCACUCUCGAAUCGCAUACACAGUAUUACCUGGGUAGCUUCACUCGUGCUGAGCGGCAGCUUUUGUUGCGCCUUGCAAAUGAAAUUGAAUUCGAUAAAACAUCGGUGAUCAAUGGAUGUCGAGUUUGGAUGAGAGAAUUGCUUCUGAAGAUGGUGAGAGAGAAGUUAAUUUCGGAGGAGACGUUUGAGGUUAUCGAAGAGGAUGUACCGCUUCCGAAACGUAUGCCUGAGCCUGAUGAAGCUAUCGAAGACUCACAAAGAUUACAACUGCAUUAAAACGAAGUUAUCGAUAUAAACAUACAAGGACUUCCCAAUGACGCCUGCUUCCACGGUAUUGCUCACGAACAUUAAUACACGAGUGACAACGCAUACAUAGACACUUGUAACAUAUGAUAUUUAGUAGGCAGGAAUUCAUACUCUUUAUAUGUUGUAUCAAAAACAGGACCCCCCCGGUGCGCCAAAGCCUGCUCAGAACU